UUUCAUUUUCAUUUUCCCACUUCACUCUUCCCCCACCCAAACACCCCUCCCCCGCCGGAAAUCUCACUCCUCUGUUGCUCAGCCACCUCCGCCGCCAUCGAUUUCCGGCAAUUGAUGAUUCGAACCGUUCCAUUUCUAGGUAUUUGAACAAAAUUUAGAAGGUAUUUGCUAGUUGAAGUGGAAGGAGAUGGUGAAGGUUGCUGCUGCGGGUUUGGUACAUCAAUCAACUGGACUUAAGUUUGGUGGUGGUGGUGGUUCUAAAGUCACUACCACCACAUUGAAACGAAAAACUCCAUCGGAGUUGCGUGGAGAACAAUUGAAGAGAAAGAAUAUUGUGGAACUAGUGGAUGAAUCAACAGCUUCAAAUGGUGGCUCAUGGAGUGCUGUUCUUCCAGGGCCCAAGAGAUGCGAUGUAUCGAAGAACCCAAGAUAUGUCGAUACUCGUGUGGACGAGCUAUUUCCUGCCAGAAAAAGCAGCAUAAGGCUGAAUUUGGCUUCGAGAAAAGAAACUGGCAAGGAAAAUAUUCCUGCAGAGGAUAGUGGUAGUACUAAAAAUUGUUAUGUUCCUUCAGCUUUCCCUGCUGAGCAUCAACAGCGAUCGAAAUGCCCAGAAUUCUCUCUUGCUUCAACUGUAACUGGAAAAAAUCGUGAAGCCGAAACUUGUGGCACAAGCGAAAGGUGCAGCGAGAAUACCUUCCGCAGUGUCACUGAGCUGUCACUGGGUAGUGAAGAUGUACAUGGCCUGUCUACUGUUGAUAUGGAUAAAGCCUUAAGAGGACUGGCUACUCAUGAGCAUCUAGGUGUUGCUGCUAAAAUUUCUGAAUCCUCUGAAACUGAUGAUGGUAGAAGGGCAAAAUUUUUUUGCUCAGAAUUCCAUGUCCCAUGCAAGAUGACCCCAUUGGAUUUGACGAUGAAAACUAACAUACGAGUUUUGUCCUCAUCUUCCAUCAAUUGGUUUCAUAGGUUGAUCAAUUGUGAUACCAGCAGUGUGGUCGCGAGGUCCUCAGUUAAAUGUUUUAAGAGACAAAAGAUGACCAGUUUAUCUGAAGUGAAUUCUGUUUCCCAAGCGAUUAAUCCAGUGUCAUUGCAUUCCUGGAUGUAUCCUCAGUCUCCUAUACCGCCUUCAGUUAUAUCAGCUUUAACCUUGUCUGCUUCAGUGGGAGGGCAACUGGACUUCUUAAGUGAAAGGCAGCUAACAUGGCAGGAUUCAUUUCGAAGUUUAUAUUACAUGCUUCGGAAGAAUGUUUGCAGCAUCUUCUAUGUUUGCACUGCUCAGUUUGUGAUCAUGUUCACCAGUUCUUGUUCUGAGGAGAACAAAUGUGUUUGUAACUCGUAUAUAUCUCAGUCAACCCGGGGUUUGAGGUCAUUACUCAAAGAACAUGAUGUUUCUUAUUCUAUGCCGCUUUGCCACUCAAAGUUGGAGGAGCUUAGUACAGAAGAACUGGUUGAGCUUUCAGAGAUUGAGAAACAAAAUCUGGGCCAGACCAGGCGGCGGAGUGCAAUGUCUGAUGUGGAUAAUAGGCCGGAUUCCCUGUUGGCAUUCACUGGAAAUAAGAAUGUUCAUUCUUUAUAUGACUUCAUAUUGAACUAUCGAUAUUUCUUAACUUCUCUAACUGGUGUGGAUGUCCCUGUGCUGUAUUCACCUGUCCCAUUUGAGAAUGCUGCACUCACUGCACCUGAGGUUAGAUGCAAGGAGGUCAGAAGAGUUGAUCAGGUAGCUUUUCAAGGAAUGGAGUCGAAUGGUGCUUGUGAGCCUAAUCAACAACCAUCUUCUGGAAUGUGCUAUAGUGUUGAAAUUAAGGGUCGAUACCUUGCCCCAUGGGUAACCUCCGCUAUAUGUGAUGCUUUCAGCUCUAACAGCACAAGUUUUGAGGCUAGUUUCAUCACAGAGCCAACUUCAGUUAACUUAAAUACUAGUCUCGACAUUACUGGGAAAUGUUCCGAUCCAGAAGUUUCAGCAACUGAAGACAUGGACAAGGGUAGCCUCUGUUUCGGUAUCCCAAAUACCAAAUUUUAUUCCCAGAUACAUUCUUGUUUUCUGAAGGGGUUGAAGUACAAUGUUGGUUCUUACACUGCUUUUCUUUCACCUGUUUGACAUCCCAUAUGCAACAUAUUCUGGGUAAGUUAUAAACUGUUUUUCUCUGCAAUACAUCUUUCGUGCUGUAAAAAUUGUUCGGUAAUCAACUUUCUUUUGUCAAAUUAACAGACGCUGUUCGUCUCUUAUCUUUAAUUUUAACUGAUCUCGCAGUAUAGCUGCAUCGACAGCUAAUACAAUGUAUGAUUUGCAAAGCUCUGAUGAUCAAUGUUAUUAGAAACUUUUAAUUG